AUGUCAACAACAACAACUGAUGCAGAAACAACAACUCUGUCUGACGCCACAAAAACGUCUGAUGUAACAACAACUUUGGCUUUUACAACCACAUCUCCAAUGUCAACAACUGUUGCAGCAACCACAACAAUGCCUAUCACCACAACAAUUAUAGAAGCAACAACAACUUUGACUUCCACAACCACCCCUCCAGCGUCAACAUCUGAUGGAGGAAGCACAACUCUGUCUGACACCACAACAAUUACUGAUGCAACUACAACUUUGGAUUCCACAACCAGCACCCCAACAUCCUCAACUAUAGCACCAGCGUCAACAACAACUGAUGCAUCAACCACAACUCUGUCUGACACCACAACAACUACUGAUGGAACUACAACUUUGGAUUCCACAACCACCCCUCUAAUGUCAACCACAACUCUGCCUGACACCACAACAACAACUACUGAUGCAACAACAUCUUUGGCUACCACAUCCACCUUUCCAACACCCUCAACUGUGGCACCAACUGCAACAAUAUCAGAUUCAGCAACCACAACUCUGACUGAGAACACAAAAGCUACUAAUGCUACAAUUUUGACUUCCACAAGCACCCCUCCAACAUCUUCGACUGUAGCACCAACGUCAACAACAACUGAUGAAUCAACCACAGCUCUGCCUGACACCACAACAACUACUGAUGCAACAACAUCUUUGGCUACCACAACCACCCCUCCAAAAUCCUCAACUAUAGCACCAACGUCAACAACUGAUGCAGCUACCACAACAACUAUUGAUGCAACUACAACUUUAGCUUUCACUAAAACUGUUUCAAUAUCCUCAAGUAUUACACCAAUUUUAACAACCGAUGCAGCAACUAAAACUCUGUCUGACACCACAAAAACUACUGAUGCUAAAAUUUUGACUUCCACAAACACCCCUCCAACAUCUUCGAAUGUUGCACCAACGUCAACAAUAGCUGAUGAAUCAACCACAACUCUGCAUGACACCACAACAACUACUGAUGCAACAACAACUUUGGAUUCCACAACCACCCCUCUAAUGUCAACCACUGAUUCAUCAACCACAACUCUGCCUGACACCACAACAACUACUGAUGCAACAACAUCUUUGGCUACCACAACCACCUUUCCAACACCCUCAACUGCGGCACCAACGGCAACAAUAUCUGAUUCAGCAACCCCAACUCUGACUGAGAACACAAAAACUACUGAUACUACAUUUUUGACUUCCACAAGCACCCCUCCAACAUCUUCGACUGUAGCACCAACGUCAACAACAACUGAUGAAUCAAGCACAGCUAUGCCUGUCACCACAACUACUACUGAUGCAACAACAUCUUUGGCUACCACAACCACCCCUCCAAAAUCCUCAACUAUAGCACCAACGUCAACAACAACUGAUGCAGCAACCACAACUAUACCUGACACCACAACAACUAUUGAUGCAACUACAACUUUAGCUUUGACAAACACUGUUUCAAUAUCCUCAAGUGUUGCACCAAUUUCAACAACUGAUUCAGCAACCACAACUCUCAACAACGUCAAAAACAUCUGA